UGCUAUUUAUUAUUUAGUAGACGCAUAAGUAUAUUACCCGCAAACUUUGUUUAUGACCACCCCCACUACCAUCACCCCCACUUUGUUAUCCUCACCACAGUAGUGGUUGGCCUUCCCCAGGUGAAUUCAAGGCGUUUCUAGAGUAGGGUCAGAAAGGCGUUACGAUUUUAUGCCAUUGAAAUCCCCCAACCAAUCAGAAGUUGGCUUCGUGAGAGGAGCACUUGGGUCGUUGGUGCAUCCAGUCUCCAGCCACAGUCGAAAGUCAAGCAUCACUAACGCUGGUCGUUCCAGAAUUUGGUUUCAAUCUCCACCAAACGAGUGUUGUGUGAUUUGAGUGUGUAUCAGUUCAGUGAAAUCAUGCCGCGUCCGUCGCGAGAGUCCUACGGGGAUCAGAAGCCGCCGUAUUCGUACAUCUCCCUCACGGCGAUGGCGAUCUGGAGCUCGCCGGAGAAGAUGCUGCCGCUCUCAGACAUCUACCGGUUCAUCACUGAUCGCUUCCCGUAUUACCGACGCAACACACAACGCUGGCAGAAUUCACUCCGGCAUAAUCUCUCAUUCAAUGAUUGUUUCAUCAAGAUCCCCAGAAGACCUGAUCGACCUGGAAAAGGUGCUUACUGGGCUCUACAUCCAGCUGCUUUUGAUAUGUUUGAGAAUGGGAGUCUACUUCGACGUCGCAAGCGUUUCAAACUGCUUAACGAUAAAGAUACCUUGGAUAGUGAACUGGCUGCAUUGGCGAAUAUAAACCGCUUUUUCUUCGCUCCGACGGACAACCAUCUGGAUACAAGCAUGCCACCGUCGGCUGUGUCACCCUGCUCACCAGGAGCUCCUGUGAGUUAUGAACCUACACCACCACGAGUACCCUCACCCGGGGUGAUAGGAACCACCACGGAAGCCAUCACUACAAUACGCCCGAAGAGAGCCUUCACGAUUGAAAGUCUCAUCUCGCCGGAUAAACCAAAACCAGACAAAAACCAGGUGAGAUCCGAAGCAAGCAUCAAACAAGAACUGCAUCCACCCUCACCAGCAGCCUAUGUGCAAUGGGGCCUAUCACCAUAUUGUGACCUAGGAAUACCACAACCUCUGCUUAUCCCUCCGAUGGGUUAUUAUCACCAUUACGGAGUUGGUGUUGGUGGUGUAGGGAUGCCAACAACAGAAGACCUUUUAAGGGUGCCGCAGCUAGCCCUGCGUUCGGUCUGAUCUGAGUAGAUAAUAAAAGUCUGAUUACGAGAUAAUAAACUCAAGUGCAUCAAGAGUGAUGAUCUCAAUCUGAUAGUAGUAGACUAUAUGAAGUAUAGCAUAUGAAUGUAAAAUGUACUGAUGGCGCUGAUGUUAGAAUUUGUAACAAUGUGUAAUGUUCCUGCAUAGCUAGACAUAGUCUCUAGAUGUAAAUAAUAUAAACUUAUAUGAGAUGAAUAUGAAGAGAAUGAGUUCUAUUACUCUAUUACUAUAGCGAUUAACUGAAAGUCAAUGUGAUAUAAUUUUAGUAAAUGAAAUAAAAGAAGAGAAGAAAACGCUCAUGUGUAUUGUAAAUAAAUAAAUAAAUAAAUAAAUAAAUAAAUA